AUGUCGCAUCGAGACGCCUACGGCGCCUAUGGCGAGAGCAAGGUCGCCAGCAAUGUCACCACCGAUGAGGCCUUUGAGACGACUGACCUGCCGCCUGAGAAGGCAGGCACGGCGGCCGACAGGAAAGACAUGGCUCGUAUGGGACAGAAGCAGGAAUUCAAGCGGAACUUCAGCUUCAUCCCCAUCUUCGGUUUCGCAGCCGUGUUGAUGAUGACAUGGGCGUCUGUAUUGAGUUCUGCCAGUUACAUCCUCCCCAAUGGCGGCCGACCAGCAAUGAUCUGGAUCUACAUUGUCACUCUUUUCGGUUUCGGCGCGGCAAUCCUCUCGAUGGCGGAAAUGGCCUCCAUGGCUCCAACAAGCGGUGGACAAUAUCACUGGGUCAGCGAAUUCGCUCCAAAGCGAUGCCAAAAGCUGCUCAGCUAUUUAGUCGGCUGGUUCUGCGUCUUGGGAUGGCAAGCCGGCAUCGCAGGCCAAUGUUUCACUGUCGCCAGUGAGAUCCAGGGCUUGAUCGUUCUCAACGAUGCGAGCUAUGUUCCGCAGCCGUGGCAUGCUGUCUUGUUGACCAUCGCAACUGUCUCGACGGCGGUUGUCUUCAACACUUUCCUCGCGAAGAGAUUGCCGCUCUUGGAGGGUCUUGUUCUGAUCCUGCUGGUCUUCGGUUUCUUUGCCAUUCUCAUCCCGCUGUGGGUGUUUGGCCCCAAGGCCAGCAGCGCCGAUGUCUGGCUGAACUGGACCCAGGUCGCCGAAUGGCCGACAAUGGGGGUUGCGGGUUUGGUCGCAUUCACUGGACCCAUCUAUGCCUUGAUUGGACCGGACGCUUGCGUGCACAUGGCCGAGGAAGUCAAGGACGCCUCUCGCACGAUCCCUUGGGCCAUGGUGUCGACCCUCAUUACGAACGGUAUUACUGGUCUGAUUAUGACCAUCACGUUCGCCUAUACCCUGGGCCCCAUCGACGCUGCCAUGAUGCCGGAGUACAACUUCGCCUUUAUUGGUACCUUUUACAACGCCACCCAGUCCCAUGCGGGUGCAACAGUGAUGACCUGCAUCAUCAUCAUUUUGACGCUUUGCUCAGCCAUCAGCAAUGUUGCCACAGCCUCCCGACAGAUGUUCGCGUUCGCCCGUGACGGCGGCCUGCCGUUCGCCAGGGUCUUAUGUCACGUCCGUCCAGGCUGGGAUAUCCCGUUCAACGCCGUCAUGGUGUGCUUCACCAUCACCUGCAUCUUGUCUUUGAUCAACCUGGGCAGCACCGUCACAUUCAACGCUCUCCUCUCGCUCGGAACUGUUGCUCUGCUGACGUCGUACAUGACUUCCAUCGGCUGCAUUUUGAUCAAGCGCAUUCGCGGCGAACAGUUGCUUCCCUGUCGUUGGAGCCUGGGAGUCCCACUCGGCUGGGCAUCGAACAUCAUCGGCGAGGCGUAUAUCAUCUUGGCAUACCUCUUCGCCUUCUUCCCGCUAUUCAAUAACCCGACCCUUCAGACCAUGAACUGGGCAAGCGCGGUUUAUGGAGGUGUCGCCAUUGUUGCUGCAAUUUACUACGGUGUCUGGGCGAGGCACAAGUACACGCCGCCCGUGGCGAAGCUGGCCAAGGAUAUGUAA